AGGGUUGAGCUCAAAGAAGGCUCAACCAACGAUCCAAACUACGGGCGGGCAGCCGCAAGCCAUCGAAACCAGCCCACCUAAAAGCCUCGUUCUUUCUGUUUUUUCUUUUCUUUCUCAUACUUGCUAUCUUCGGCCUUUUAAUUCAAGCAUAUAGUACCUACUAGGCAACCGGUGUUUAAGUCGCGUUACCCGCCUACUAUCUACCUACUAGAUACUCACUCAAGUACUCAUCCACUUGACUAGCUUCAACCUCAACAGCGACCAUGGACUCGCCCAAAAAGAAAAUCGCUGUUAUGACCUCGGGCGGCGACGCCCCAGGCAUGAACGCCGCCGUCCGAGCCGUCGUCAGGAUGGCGAUCCACAUGGGCUGUGACGCCUACUGCGUCUACCGCGGCUACGAGGGCCUCGUCCGGGGCGGCGACGACAUUAAGAAGACCAGCUGGGAGGAUGUCCGCAACUACCUUGCCACUGCCGGCACCCAGAUUCUCACAGCCAGGUGCAUGGCCUUCUACGAGCGCCCAGGCCGCCUCAUCGCCGCCAAGAACAUGGUCUUGAACGGCAUUGACGCCCUCAUCAUCUGCGGCGGAGACGGCUCCCUGACUGGUGCCGACAAGUUCCGCGCCGAGUGGCCGUCACUUCUUGACGAGCUCGUUCAAAAAGGAGAACUGUCAACCAAGCAAGUUCAGCCCUACCGCCAUCUCAACAUUGUCGGCCUAGUCGGCUCCAUCGACAACGACCUGUCGGGCACCGACGCCACCAUCGGCUGCUACACGGCCUUGAUGAGCAUCUGCGAAUGCAUCGAGAAGAUCGACUCCACGGCCGAGUCUCACGAGCGCGCCUUCGUCGUCGAGGUCAUGGGCAGGCAUUGCGGCUGGCUGGCGUUGAUGGCCGCCAUCGCCACGGGUGCUGACUUCGUCUUCAUCCCUGAAAAGCCCAGGGACAAUAACUGGAAGGAGGAGAUGUGCGCCAUCAUCCAGAAGAACCGCGAGAUCGGCACCAAGAAGACCAUUGUCAUCAUCGCCGAGGGCGCCCAUGACCGCCAUGGCAGGAAAAUCACGGCCCAUGAGGUCCAUGAGCUGCUGGCUGACGAGGAGGGUCUGGGUCUGGACACGCGCACCAGUGUCUUGGGCCACCUUCAACGUGGUGGCAAAGCGGUGGCAUACGACCGCAUGCUUGCAACAUUGCAGGGUGUCGAGGCCGUCAAGGCCGUGCUUGAGGCGACCCCUGAGACUCCGACCUGCGUCAUCGCCAUGAGCGAAAACCAAAUCAUCAGAAAGAACCUAAUGGAGGCAGUCCAGGACACCAAGAAGGUUGCCGACGCCAUCAAGGCCCAGGACUUUGACCUAGCCCUGUCGCUCCGGGAUGUCGAGUUCGCGGAACAGUACAAGUCGUACAUGAUGCUGACUUCGGUCAAUCUUAACAAGAGUCUCCUUCUGCCCAAAGAGAAGCAAAUGAGAAUCGGCUUCAUCAACGUGGGGGCCCCAGCUGGUGGCAUGAACGCGGCCACAAGGGCCGGCGUUGCCUAUUGCAUGUCGCGCGGCCACGAGGCUGUCAAGAUAGAGAACGGCUUUGCUGGCUUCGCCAGGCAUCACGGUGACGUCGGCGAUAAAGGCAACUACGAGGGCUCUGUAAAGGGAUUUGACUGGUUCCAGGUCGACAAAUGGGGCACCCUCGGCGGCUCAGAGAUUGGAACCAAUCGUGAACUGCCCAGCGAGUCCGGGAUGGAGCACAUCGCAAACCUGGUCGGCAAGUACAAGCUCGAUGCCAUGUUCAUCGUCGGUGGAUUCGAGGCCUUCCGGGCCGUAUCAGAGCUGCGGCAGGCAAGGGACAAGUAUCCUUCGCUCUGCAUACCAUUUGCGCUACUCCCCGCGACUGUGUCGAACAACGUGCCCGGGACGGAAUACUCUCUGGGCUCCGACACCUGUCUGAACGCUCUCGUGCAGUUCUGCGACACCAUCAAGCAGUCGGCGGCGUCGACCAGGCGCCGCGUUUUCGUGGUGGAGACGCAGGGUGGGCGGUGCGGAUACGUGGCUACGCUAGCGGGACUGGCCUGCGGUGCGAGUGCCGUGUACACGCCAGAGGAGGGCAUCAGCAUGAGUAUGCUGGACUCGGAUAUCAAGCACCUCAAGGCUGUCUUCGCCAAAGAUAAGGGCCGGUCGCGCGCCGGGCGUCUGAUUCUCGUGGCGGAGAAGGCGAGCAAGGUGUACACGGCACAGGUGAUCGGAGAUCUGAUCCGCGAGGAGGCGCACGGGCGGUUCGAGUCGCGCGACAUCACACCCCGCCACUGGGCACAGGGAGACACUCCGUCGCCCAUGGACCGCUGCCGGGCGGUCCGGUUGGCCAUCAAGUGUAUUGAGCACCUUGAGAGCUACGGCAAGGGGGCGCCGGAGAAGGUCAAGGCCGACCCGAUGAGCUCGGGGGUCAUCAGCAUCACGGGAUCGCAGGUGUCGAUGCGGCCGAUCGAGGAGAUUGAGACCAACGAGACGGACUGGCAAAACAGGCGGUCCAAGACGGCCUUCUGGGCCCCUCUGAGGGACAUCGUGGAUAUACUUGGCGGAAGGCCCUCUUACGAUACACCCGAGACGACGCUGGAGGGCCUGAGAGCCAAGGAUGUGAAGCGGGGCCUGGAAUAGGCAGCAACAUUUCCAUCAACACUCCUACCGACCUAGGCAUACCGACCUAGGCAACUCGCCACCCUAGCUAUUGCUCUUGCUUGUAUUGUACCUUGUCUAAUUAGCGCGCCAUUCGACGACGGCAGGACAGGAUUGUCCAAUCUCUGUCCGGCUUUGCAAUUCCAACGUGGGAUUUAUCCGCUACUUUAACAGGACGGCGCGGCCAUGCGAAGCGCGGGUCU